AUGGAGUUAAAGCUGAUUCUGGUGCUGCUGCUCCUACUAUUGGCUGUCGGGGCAACGGCUGAUUACGUCAGGCCACCGCCGCGCAAGACGCUUUCCUUUCCAUGGAGCAAGAAGCCUUCUUCUCUUCCUCAACAGGUUCACAUAUCCUUGGCAGGGGAUAAGCACAUGCGGAUCAUGUGGGUUACUAAUGAUAAAAAUUCUCCUUCCAUUGUUGAAUAUGGAAAAUCACCAAAUAACUACAGCUUCAGCUCUGAAGGAGAGAGUACCCGUUAUAGCUAUUUGCUGUACAGCUCUGGAAAGAUACACCACGCGGUCAUUGGUCCGCUGGAAGACGACACCACGUACUUCUAUCGAUGUGGGGGAGAAGGUCCUGAGUUUCAGCUCAAAACCCCACCAUCUCAGUUCCCAAUUACUUUUGCGGUGGCUGGUGAUUUAGGUCAGACUGGGUGGACCAAGUCGACCUUGGACCACAUAGACCAGUGCAAGUAUGAUGUUCACAUGCUCCCUGGAGACCUGUCAUAUGCCGAUUAUAUACAGAGAAGGUGGGAUACAUUCGGGGAGCUGGUGCAGCCGCUUGCAAGUGCAAGACCAUGGAUGGUGACUCAAGGGAACCAUGAGAAGGAGCACAUACCAUUCUUGGAAGACAGUUUCGUAUCAUAUAAUUCAAGAUGGAAGAUGCCCUAUGAAGAGAGCGCAUCCAGUUCAAAUCUGUAUUAUUCAUUUGAAGUGGCGGGAGUUCACGUGAUCAUGCUUGGGUCAUAUACAGAUUAUGAUGAAUAUUCUGAUCAAUAUGCUUGGCUGAAGGCUGAUCUUUCAAAGGUGGACCGCAAAAGGACACCCUGGCUUAUUGUCUUAUUCCACGUGCCAUGGUAUAACAGUAAUGAGGCUCAUCAAGGUGAAGGUGACAACAUGAAGACGGCGAUGGAACCCUUGCUUUAUGCUGCUGGUGUGGACAUCGUGUUUGCUGGCCAUGUACAUGCUUAUGAGCGCUCGAGCCGUGUGUAUAAUGGUAAAUCAGAUCCUUGUGGUGCUGUCCACAUAACAAUUGGCGAUGGUGGAAAUAGAGAAGGUUUAGCACGCAAGUACAAGGAGCCGAAGCCUGAAUGGUCUGUGUUCCGCGAGGCAAGUUUCGGUCAUGGUGAGCUGAAGAUAGUGAACUCGACUCAUGCAUUUUGGAGUUGGCAUAGGAACGACGAUGAUGAACCAGUCAGAUCAGAUCAAUUCUGGAUAACCUCACUCUUUGGUUCAAGUUGUUGUGCUGAGAACGGUCCGGAGCUUAGGAAAAUGCUCUUGGAGCCUUAGAAGUGCUAGAUUUCAAGGCUUCUUGUAAAUAGUAUCUUAGACAGCUAUGUGACCUCAUUUAUUCUGUCAACUGUUAUAAGAGCAGCCCUUCAUUGAGCACUAAUAUCAGAAUCCUUCUGUAGUACUUGUUGAGAAAAUCUAUGUAUGUGUAACUGUUUGCAGACGGAAAUUGUUUGUAAUUGUGGACAAGAACUUGCUAUAUAUGUUGAUUUGGUCAUGCAAUAUUGUA